AACUGCAGGUAGUAGCAAUGAAAAUGCGACGACUGUUGGUUCUGUUUGUUUCGAUCUUUGCAGUCCGCGAUGAUGGUACUUUGGUUACCACCCGCAAUGGACAAAUCCGAGGGAAACUUAUUAAAAUCAAUUCUGGAAGAGAAAUACGAGCGUUCUUCGGUGUGAGAUACGCUCAACCUCCAAUUGGAGAAUUACGAUUUAUGCCACCUCAGCCGUUAGAAAAAUGGGAUGGAAUACAAAAAGCAACAGAAAUGAAUCACGCAAUUUGCGCUCAAAGGAAUAUCUUGAUACCCAACAGCGAGAUGGAAGGCGAAGAAGACUGUUUAUUUCUUAAUGUUUACACGCCGAAGAAUGUGAGCAGAAAUAAUUUGCUCCCAGUUAUGAUGUACGUGCAUGGAGGAGCGUUUCUUUUUGGAACCGGAAACUAUCGACUCUUCAGACCCGACAAUUUCUUGAAACACGAUGUAGUUUUGGUAGUCAUAAACUAUCGUUUAGGUCCUAUGGGUUUCUUGUCAACUGCCGACGAUGUUGUUCCCGGUAACAACGGUUUGAAGGAUCAGACGAUGGCGCUUAAAUGGAUACAGGAAAACAUUGAAAAUUUCGGAGGAGAUUCCAGUAAAGUUACUAUAAUUGGACAAUCUGCUGGCGCUGUUUGUACUCACUUACAUGUUAUCUCAGCACGUAGUAAAGGUCUUUUUCGCGCGUCCAUUUCUCAAAGCGGAACUGCACUGGGCAGUUGGUCUGUAGCGCCUCCAAAGUAUGCUUAUGAUGUGGGAAGGAAAUUGGCUCGGCUUUUGAAUUGCCCAUCAGAAUCGAGUUCGGAAAUGAUCGAUUGUAUGAGGAAGAUUAAUACAAAGAGGUUUUACGAUGUUUUACAUGAAUUCCAGUUUUGGGAUAUGGAUCCUCUAAGUACAUUCAUACCAGUAAUUGAAACUGAUCACGAAGGAGCUUUUAUAUCCGAGUACCCUGAAGAAACUAUAAAAUCCGGAAAAGUGAAUCCAGUGACUUGGCUGACAGGCGUGAAUACCGAAGAUGGGUGCGUGAGAUCUUCCGGUAUUAUCGGAAAUGGACUUUUAGACGAAUUCAAAGAAAAUUUCCAUGCCAUUGUACCAGUUUCCACUUACUACCACGGAAACCAUACAUUAUCCAACGAUUACACAAACGCGAUUCGGGAUUAUUACUUUGCAAAAGGUUUCUCCACAGAACAAUUAACAAACUUAUAUACGGAUAAUUUCUUCUUUGUUGGCGCAGAAAAUUCCUUGAAACUGCAUAGAGAAUAUAAUAAGAUUACACUUUAUUAUUACCUUUUCGGUUAUAGAGGAUCGAAAAGCUCUUCCGAAGCUUUCGCUGGUAACGAAGAUGACUAUGGUGUUUGUCACUCGGAUGAAUUGUUUUACUUAUUCCCUAUGGAUUACAAAUUCAAGAAUGGCAGUAAACCGACGACACAAGAUUUGCAAAUGACCGAAAGGUUUAGUAAUCUUUGGAUGAACUUUGUAUACACUAAACAACCGACGCCUAUAAAUUCUAAUUGGCCGUACACGAAAUGGGAACCGGUUCAAACGGACAACAAUGAAUUCUUUUUCAUAGGAGGCCCUAAUAAAUUUGAAAUGCGUGAAAGAUUAUUCGCAGAUCGUUUGGAGUUCUGGAAUGGCUUGCAACCGUUAUUAAGAUCGAAAUAAUUUAUUAAUUGUUGUGUUUAAAGUGUUUUCAUGUACAAUGUGUUGGCAAGAAUUACGGUCUUGUAGUAUGAAAUAAAAUAAUUUUAUUUUUAAUAAAAUAA